GGGAUGCUGCGGGCGGCGCUGGGCCGGGCGCCGACGCUGCUGAGCCGUGCGCGGACGUGGGGGCCUGGCCCGAGGCGGCUGUGGGGCCGCGGGGCGCGCCUAGAGCCCGCGGGGAGGCGGUGGGCCUGGGGCCGGGGCUGGCGGCGCUCGAGCUCCGAGCCGGGGCCCGCGGCGGCACCGGGGCGCGUGGAGGCGGCGCACUAUCAGCUCGUCUACACCUGCAAGGUGGGAGCGCGAGGUCUGUGGGACUCGGUCGUCCCAGCGCAUCUCCAAGCUGGCCUACCACCAGGGCGUAGUCAUCGUGACCUGUCCCGGCUGCCAGAACCACCACAUCAUCGCCGACAACCUGGGCUGGUUCUCCGACCUGGACGGGAAGAGGAAUAUCGAAGAGAUCCUGGCAGCCAGAGGAGAGAAGGUGCGCCGCAUGGCUGGCGAGGGGGCCCUGGAACUGGUUUUGGAGACUGCAGGGGCCCCCGAAUCUACUGCUGCUCUGGAAGGGGGUGAGGACAAGGAUCCCACCCACCCUGGCAAGACAGAGUUGAGUUGACUCCCACCUUCGUGGGACUCCUGCUUUCCAGAAAGAUGCUCCAUUCGGCUGUGGGCCUCUCUGGACACGGCCUGUUUUCCAUCAGUAAACAGACAUUGCUCCAGG